AUGUCUUCAGUUAAGGUGGCCGUCCGUGUGCGGCCUUUCAACGACCGAGAGAAAACCAUGAAUGCUCGGUUGUGCAUCGACAUGAACGGAAAGAGCACGACCAUCACCAACGUGGACGACGAGAAACAGAACCGCACCUUUGCUUUCGACUACUCUUACUGGUCACACGAUGGGUUUGAGAACGACGACAAUGGCUAUUCAAGACCUGUUUCUGCCAAAUAUGCCGAUCAAGAAAAGGUGUUUAACGACAUCGGGAAAGAUGUGCUGAACAAUGCCUUUGAGGGCUACAAUGCCUGUCUUUUUGCUUAUGGACAGACGGGGUCGGGGAAAAGUUAUUCGAUGGUGGGGUACGGGGCCAACAAGGGAAUUGUUGUCCGUGCGUGCGAAGAAAUCUUCCAGAGAAUCAAAACUAUAAAUGACCCGCUUCUUCGGUCGGAAGUCACGGUCAGUAUGCUAGAAAUCUACAACGAAGCCGUUCAGGACCUCCUUGUCAAGCCUGAGCAGAGGCCCAAGGGAGGAUUGAAAAUCCGUCAUACGCCACAGCUCGGAACGUUUGUUCAAGACCUAACCAAACAUCCAGUCGACACGUAUGCCGCCAUUCAGGCAAAACUCGACGAAGGCACAAGCAACCGAACGGUCGGGGCGACGCUAAUGAACGCCACGUCGUCGCGGGCACACACGGUCCUCCAAAUUGUCUACAAUCAAGUGACCCUUGACGAAAAUACAAAAGAGCCUCUGAGCCAGAAGACAGCCGAGAUCAGUCUCGUUGAUUUGGCCGGAUCCGAAAGAGCAGGUUCGACAGGAGCAACGGGUGACCGUUUGAAGGAAGGAUGCGCGAUCAACCAGUCCCUUUCUGCCUUAGGAAAUGUCAUCUCGGCUCUCGCGGACAAAGCCUGCGGGAAACUGAAACCGGGACAGGUCAUCCCCUACCGUGACUCAGCGCUGACUCGCAUUCUCCAGUCUGCUCUCGGAGGGAACAGUAAAACGUGUAUGAUUGCCGCCUUGUCACCGGCGUCGGUGAACUACGAGGAGACGCUGUCGACUCUCCGAUAUGCAGACAGAGUCAAAUCGAUCAAGAACGAAGCCGUCAUCAACGAAAAUCCCCUCGAAAGGCUCAUUCGCGAGUUGAAGGAGGAGAACGAGAGACUGAAGAAGGCAGCAGGGGGCGACCUGGUGCUGACGGACUCAGGCAAGACACAGGAGGAAAUGGACAAGAUGAAGCAGCAGUACGAAGAAGAGUUGGAGGCGAAUCGUCGCGCGCUCGAAGAGAUGUCGAAGAGUUGGCAGCAGAAGCUCGCGGAGGCGCAGGCGCGGGACGCAGCUGCGAGGAGGGAGGAGCUGGACGAGAAUCAACCGUGCCUGAAGAACUUGAACGAGGAUCCUUUUCUUUCCGGGAAGAUCACGCUGAUUCUGUCGGUCGGCAGCAGCUCUGUCGGGAAGCCCAACAGCGAGCAGAAGCCGACGUUUCAGAUCGGGGGGUUGGGAGUGGUGGUGGAGCACGCGACUCUCAUGUGUGAGGAGAAGGCGGUGGCAGACGGGGUCGACUUCGAAGUGAAGUUGAGAGCGAACGGGAAGACGCUGAUCAACGGCGAGGCCGUUGCACCUGAGGAGACGAGGACGCUUUCGCAUCGAGAUCGCAUUCUCUUUGGUCACGCCAAUUUAUUUGUGUACCUCGAUCCGCGGGCUGUGGACAAGUCGCUGCCGUCCUGGGAGGAAGCGAUGAAGGAGGUGAACAAACAGAGCCUCGACGAAUACGGAGACGCGGUCUGUCUGGACGCGGUGGCGAGUGCGAAGCUGCGGGAAAUGGAGGCCAAGAUGCAGGAGGAGAGGGAGAAAAUGGAGAGAGAGAAACGGGAAUGGGAGCUGCGCGUGAAGGACAAAGAAGCCCAGAUGGUGACGGCCGAGGGCGCCGACGCCGUCGCGCUCAUGAAGCAGUUCGAGGAGGAGAGGCGGCAACACGAACUCGAGCUCGAGAAGAAACAGGCGGAGCUGGACGAGAAGCUGCAGAAACUGAGUGCCGAACAGGAAGAGGAAAAGCGCAAUCAACAGGCGGAACACCGUGCGAGGGUCGUGCUUGAAGAGGUCUUGACGCGGACGAUCAUGUUGACGGACGAGGCGAACUCGAUCGCAGAAGAACUCGGAAUAGGCGUUUUCUUCUCGCCCAAACUGACCAUGAAACACGACGGCUUAGACAUCUCCCGAAAAGGAACCGCCACGAACGUCAUGCAACAGACGGAAAUCCAAAUUCGCGUCGAACGGCUCGACACAGACGUCGUCGAAGCUUGGAAACUCGACCUCUUUGAGCAGAAAAUCUUCGACAUGCGCGAGCUGUACAACCAGUACAUGUCUUCCCCGCCAGGAGAAUUCAAACGACCAGACGGCCCCGAUGACCCAUUCGCUUCCGAUCCAGACUCCUACCAAGUUCUGGGCCAAGCGUAUCUGUAUCUGGAUGUCCUCUUCAAUCUGCUGCCCGUGGAAAACGAGGCGCUUCCGAUCUUCGACUUCAAAGGACAGAAACAGGGCAUGCUGUCCAUCUCCGUUGACCUCGACCUGCUGGUCGACAUGGAGGAAGUAGCGAAUAAAGGACCGCAAGUCGCAGACUUGGACUACUACGACACAGUCGAGGACAUCAAGGGGAAGAUGCUGAAGGUGACUGUGAAAGUGGACUCCGCACACGAUCUGCGAGAAAACUGCUGCCGAAGACCGGAGAUGAACUACAAGUGGAUUGACGGGGUCUCUGAAGUUCGCUGCUCCACAGACGACAUGAGCAACCGUAAUCCUGAGUUUCACAGCGUCAAGGAAUUCGAUGUGAUGAUCACAGACGAAGUCGUCAACUGGUUCAGAGGAAUCCUUGUGUUCGAAGUCGCGGGAAUGAUGGUCAACAAACAACACAAAGACCAGGCCACCCCUGCAUCGCCUUCUGCCGGAAGCGUCGCUGCGAAGCUGAGAGAAAAAGAGAUUCUCUUGGCGCAGAUCCAACAGCGACUUGAAGAACGGGGGACUACACUCGAUGACUUCUUAAAUGGACAGUGA